AUGUGUGCGCAGCCUCAAGUAAAAGCAAGUCAACUCAAGUCAAGUCCUGCAAAGCAGACGACACCGAUCCCACAAAUUCAAGAGAAGGGACCAGAGCCAGAUGAACAGGAAGAGGACGCGGUUUUGCUGUCGGCUACCGGCGCAGAUGAUGACGAUACCACGACUAUGAGCAGAGGUGAGUCGAGCAUCUUCGGCUUACUUAAUGGUUUCCUCCUCCUAAUCGGUACUGCCCUCCUUCAUUUCGGAUAUUCCAGUUAA